GUGGCGCUGUAUCUCUCAGGAAGCCUCGACGAACUGACGAGUAAGAACCGUGACACAUUGUACACGGAAUUCAAUAAGGACUACAAUCAGGAGGUUGUCUCCAUUCCCUAGGUUUCAUCUACAGAGUUCACCCUUUUUUCCCCUCGAACGGUUAGGUAAGCUCCAGUUGGUGAUGAGGAAGUCGAUGUGGAGAGUCUGAUAAGAUUAUGAACACUUUCAGCGGACGGUAGGUCUCCGGUGCGGGUCAAUGGACGCCAGGACCUGACUUGCUCCUGUUUUGACAGCUGGGCUGAGACUCCAGUACCUGGUCUGUCUGUCUGUCUGUCCGUCCGUCGGUCUGUUCGAGAGAGCCGCCGAGACCAGAGACAGCCGGAGUUGUAAAACCUAAAGAAGGGGUUUAUUUUGUGUGGAGAUACAUAUCUGCUUCGGUGACGUUUCUUGUAAAGCGGAUUUGUAGCGAAGGAAGAAAGUUUCCCUCCCCUCCGACCAGUGGCCAUGGGUUCUCCCAAGAUGAUGUACCUCUCUUUGGGCGUGCUGGUGUUUCAGACUACCUCCCUGGUGCUCACCAUGCGGUACUCCCGCACCCUGCAGGCCGAGGGCCCGCGGUACCUGGCCUCCUCAGCUGUGGUGGUGGCGGAGGUCAUGAAGAUCCUCACCUGUGUGCUACUCGUUUUCAGGGAGCACAGUUACAGCAUGCGGGCUCUAAACAGCAUCCUGCGUCAGGAGUUUGUUCAAAAACCCCUUGAAACACUGAAGCUGGCGAUCCCUUCUGGGAUCUACACACUGCAGAACAACCUGCUGUACGUCGCCCUGUCUAAUCUGGACGCAGCCACCUACCAGGUGACGUACCAACUGAAGAUCCUAACCACGGCCCUGUUCUCUGUGUCCAUGCUGGGCCACAGGCUAGGCAUCUACCAAUGGCUCUCUCUGCUGAUUCUUAUGGCUGGAGUGGCUCUUGUGCAGUGGCCCUCUGAAUCUGAUUUGGCUCCGGAGAAGGAGGCCCUGUCUGCGGGCUCCCAGUUUAUCGGGCUGACAGCGGUGCUGGUGGCGUGCUGCUCCAGUGGGUUUGCUGGUGUCUACUUUGAGAAGAUCCUGAAGGAGACCAAACAGAGCGUGUGGGUCCGCAACAUCCAGCUAGGGAUGUUUGGCCUGGUGUUUGGCAUCGCUGGGAUGCUGGCUUAUGAUGGGGAGAGAGUAAAGGAGUCGGGAAUGUUCCAGGGUUACAAUAUCAUCACCUGGACUGUUGUAGCGCUGCAGGCACUGGGUGGUCUGGUCAUAGCAGCGGUCAUCAAGUAUGCAGACAACAUCCUCAAGGGCUUUGCUACAUCGCUCUCCAUAAUCCUGUCCACUCUUAUAUCUUACCUCUGGCUGCAAGAUUUCAACCCCUCUGGUGUGUUCUUCCUGGGAGCCAUUUUGGUCAUGGUGGCUACUUUUCUUUACGGCUACAAAGGCAAGCCGUCCCCCAACCCCAGCAGGGCAUAGGACGCUCACAGCUUAUGCUACAGCAGUAGCAGUAGGAGGUCCUGUUGAAGCAUCAUGAUGAGGAGGGGAAAGGAGGAUGGAGCUAUAAAAAUGGGGAAAGGAGGAGGAGCAGAAGAGUAGGGAGUAAGGAGGUAAGCAGGUUUGGAGCAGAGGACAAUGAAAAGGGAGGAGAAAACUAGCACAACACUGUGAUGGGUCUCACGUAUCAAAAAUGCCUCAGCUGAGGAGAGAAACCAAUGAGAAAAAUAAAACAGGAUGGGGUUGUAUUGGUUUUCCUGUAAUUACUGGAGCAGAGCGAAACCUGGUUGUUAUACCUCAGCAGCUGAAGAGAUUAUUGACCAGCUCUAUUGUCUGUUAAGAACCUCUUUGACUGCCUAUCAGUGUUACUGCCACGUCGAACGCACCUACUGUGUACACAGCUAUGCUCUGUUUGACAGACUGACAACUUCGGCAUCUCGACGCACAUACAGGGCCCUGAAAUGAGUCUUCCCAGCCAGUGUUUAUUCUAAAGCUGUGUGCAAUACUACAACAAGCUUGACAGUUGCAAAUAAAUAGCAUGGAGGUAAUAGCCUGCAACAGAGAAGGGAUUUGUACACAGCUGAGGAGGCCUGUCUAACUGGAAGGCACAACUCAGGACAGAAAUGCACACAUGUUACAAGAGCCCUUACAAUAUGGUAGUUGCAGUUAGUGUAACUAGCAUCAGUUCUGGCUUUCAUGUUGUUUGUUCAGCUAUUUUCAGAAAGGGUUUUUGUUGCCAGGCAACAUAUAGUCACUGGAUGUUUAAUGACAUACAGUGCAUCUCUGAUAUGUUUCAUUGUAUGACUCUGGACUGUCUAAUGUGUUUUUGGAUCAAAUGAUGCAGGAACAACUGUAACCGGUGGGAUUAAUUGAAGAUUUUGAUAUUGGGCCGGUUUGAUUACAUGAUGUUUUUAAUACAACUUGAAAUUAUGUUAACCUUGGGUGUAAAUAAUUACAUUUCAAUUGUAAAUCUAAAUGCAUUGUCUUUUUAAUUCAUUAAUUAAUUAGGGUUCAAUUUAUAUUAUUUUUAAAGCCAGUGAUUAUUGACAUUCUUAUCCUCCUUGUGUCCUGUGCUUCUGUAACGGUAUAUUCUGCUGGUUCUGUGGCAAAGCAAUCAAAAUAAUGUACUGAAUGUGGCUCGGCUGAGUCUGAACGAACUGAAUUGUUGAUACUGAUUACAUCAGACAUCUGAGAAAGUAACCUCGGGCAGUACAAGCUGACUGCUUUUCUUCUGGAACUACUUUCUUUUGUGAUAAAGCAGGUUAAUUAUUAACUGUAACUGCCAAUAUGUGAAUCUUUUAUAAAGGAGAAAUGUUUAAUUUAA